AUGGCCAAGCUUUGGCUACACUUAGCAUUUUCUUUGGCAUUGUGUUUGAUAAUAAACAAUGUAGCUGUCGACGUUGACCCUUAUCGUGCUCCACCACUUGAUAACUACGUGUCACCUCUACCUGCUCCAUAUGUUUACAAAUCACCACUGUCACCGCCUCUGUCGUAUGAGUACGAGUCGCCACCACCUCCUCUGUACGUGUAUAGCUCUCCUCCUCCGCCUCCAUAUGAGUACAAGUCUCCACCACCUCCUCCGUACGUGUACAACUCUCCUCCACCUCCUCCUCCUCCUUAUGUUUAUAAAUCACCUCCUCCACCUCCAUAUAAGUACAAGUCAUCUCCACCUCCUCCGUAUGUUUACAAAUCACCUCCUCCCCCUCCAUACGUCUACAAGUCUCCUCCUCCUCCUCCAUAUGAGUACAAGUCACCUCCUCCUCCUCCAUAUGUGUACAAGUCAUUGCCUCUACCUCCAUACGUGUACAAGUCUCCUCCUCUUCCUCCAUAUGUUCACAAGUCACCUCCUCUACCACCAUAUGUCUACAAGUCACCUCCACCCCCUCCAUACGUCUACAAGUCUCCUCCUCCAACUCCAUAUGAGUAUAAGUCACCUCCUCCUCCUCCUUAUGUUUAUGAAUCACCUCCUCCCCCUCCAUACAUGUACAAAUCACCGCCUCUACCUCCAUAUGUGUACAAGUCUCCUCCUCCUCCUCCAUAUAAGUACAAAUCACCACCUCCACCACCAUAUGUCUACAAGUCACCUUCUCCACCUCCAUAUGAGUACAAAUCACUACCACAUGUUAGAUUUGUCUAUUCCCCAACACCACCACCUCCAUAUAUUUACAAGUCACCUCCUCCGCCUUCAUAUGAAUACAAAUCACCACCACCUCCUCCGCCAUAUGUGUAUAAGUCGCCACUUCCUCCUCCAUAUUUUUACACGUCACCACCACCACCUCCAUACAUGUACAAUUCACCACCAUCUCCCCCCUAUUACAAGUAAACUUUGGUAUCUCCCUCCGUUAAAAGGUCACCGCCUCUUCCAUCUCAUCUCAUUUCACUUCCAACUUUCUACGGCCACCUUUAUCAUCACCUCCACCUCCUCCUCAAAUUUUCAAGUCUCUACCCCCACCAUCUAGAUUGCGUACGACAACGUAUUACUACAAUAGCAGUUUCUCUACUCAUCU